AUGGCUGAAGCACUCAUUUCCGUGAUCCUACAACAGUUGGCCUCAAUCAUCAAAAAACAAGUAAAACAAGAGGUUAGACUAGUUGUGGAUGUUAAGAAAGAAGUGGCAAAACUCACCCACAAUUUCAAAGCUAUUCAAGUUGUGCUCGAGAAUGCAGAGGAGAGGCAAAUGAAGGAGGUGGACGUGAGAUACUGGUUGGACAGUUUGAAGGAUGUAUCCUAUGAGAUGGACGACGUGUUGGACGAGUGGAGUACUGAAAUUCUGAAACUACAUAUUCAGAAACAAGAAGCUGGUAAUGCCAAAAAGGUAUGUUUCUGCAUUCAUGCCGCUUGGUUUUGUUUUGGCCGUCAAGUAGUUCUUCGUCUUGACAUUGCUAAGAAGAUAAAAGAACUAAAUGAAACAUUAGCUCUGAUUGCUAAUGAAAGACUAAACUAUAACUUUCAACCCCCGAAAAGAGGAGUUGAACAAAUUGAACAACGAAAAAGUUCUUCUUUCGUUGAUCAGACAUUUGGUCGUGAAGUCGAAAAGGACAUAUUAGUAAAAAAGUUGCUGAGUGAGAGUGGUCAAGCAAGGCCAAACUUCCUUGUCAUCCCAAUUGUAGGGAUGGGAGGAAUUGGUAAGACAACUCUUGCCCAACUUGCAUAUAAUGAUGAAAGGGUUCAAGCCCAUUUCGACAAUAGAAUAUGGGUUUGUGUCUCAGAUCCUUUUGAUGAGAUCAAAAUUGCCAAAGCCAUCAUUGAUGUUCUGAAAAUGGGGACAAAUAUCCAAGCUUCAAAUGAGUUGCAAACUCUCUUGGAAAUUAUAGUUGAGUGCGUUAAGGGCAAGAAGUUCCUUCUUGUCCUAGAUGAUGUGUGGAACGACGAGUAUAGAAAGUGGGAACCAUUCAAGCUAGCUUUACAAAAUGGGGCUGUGGGUAGUAGCAUAUUGGUGACCACAAGGAAGGAGGAUGUUGCUAUGAUGAUGGGAGCAUCGGCUGAUACGAUCAAUUUGAAGGAGUUGAGUGAUGAAAACUGUUGGAAAUUGUUCUGUCACAUAGCAUUGGUUGAUAGGGAAAUAAGUGAAUAUAGAACAUUUGAAGUCAUUGGUAAAGAAAUUGUAAAAAAGUGUAAGGGUCUGCCCCUUGUUGCAAAGACAUUGGGUGGUCUCAUGCGCCACAAGAAAACGAGGAAAGAAUGGGAAGACGUUUUGAAAAGUAAGACAUGGGAGUUAGAUGUGGUUGAGAAACAAGUUUUCCAACCAUUGUUGCUAAGUUAUUAUGAUUUGGCCUCGACUGACAAAUGUUGUCUUUUAUAUUGUGUUAUUUUCCCAAAAGGUUAUGUGAUUGAAAAAGAUAACUUGAUUGAGUUGUGGAUAAUUUGA